AGGCAGCAGCAUGCUCUGCCCGGCCGGCUUCGACUGAGGCGGGAUGAGGAGCCGCCCGCUCCAGCUGGGCAAGCUGCUGAGGAGGAGGUUCCGCCUGGUGCUGGCCUUCGGCGUGCUGGCCGUCGGGCUCUGGGCAGCCUACUUGGAGCUGGUGGCGUCGGCGGAGACGGGAGGGCACCCUCUCAACCGCAGGUAUGGAAGCUGGAGUGAACUGGCUAAAGCUCUGGGGAACCAGGACACAUUGAUAGUGGACCCAAGCCUCCGGUUUUACCUGCCUCAAAAACCAAAAUAUGAGAACCCUGUGCACCAAGGAAACAAGAACAACAAGAAUGAUUCCGCAUCGUUGGACAACUCUUCCCCUUGGAGGCCUGAGUUCCAAGGCCAAGUCAAUCUCCAUGUCUUUGAAGACUGGUGUGGUAGCUCUAUUGAGCAGCUGAGAAAGAACCUCCACUUCCCAUUGUACCCUCAUAUACGGACCACUUUAAAGAAACUGGCAGCAUCUCCAAAAUGGACCAACUAUGGGUUGCGCAUAUUUGGCUAUCUGCAUCCAUUCAGUGAUGGUGAAUUCCAGUUUGCCAUUGCUGCUGAUAACAAUGCAGAGUUCUGGCUGAGUGCAGAUGAGAAUGUCUCUGGCAUCCAACUCCUGGCCAGUGUGAGCAAGACUGGUAAGGAAUGGACGGCGCCUGGGGAGUUCGGGAAAUUUAGGAGCCAAAAGUCAAAGCCAGUGAAGUUGUUAGCUGCAAACAGGUACUAUUUUGAGGUGCUACACAAGCAAGAUGACAAAGGGACAGACCAUGUGGAAGUGGCAUGGAGGCUGAAUGACCCAGAGGCCACAUUUGCGAUUAUCGACUCUCCGUCCCUCUCCCUUUUUGCCAAUGAAAGUCUUUUGAAAAUGGAUGAGAUCGAUCACAUUCCUCAAACGUUGGCCACUCGUGGAAGCCGGAUGACACCAAGUCGACAUAUGCAAGAACACCCAGCAGAUAUGCUGAAGCCUGACCCUCGCGACACCAUUUAUAAAGUGCCUCUGCUAAGCAAAUCACAGAUGCGCAAGGUGCUUCCAGACUGCCCUUACAAACCAAGCUACCUAGUCAACGGAUUCCCUUUGCAGCGCUAUCAGGGGCUCCAGUUUGUUCAUUUGUCCUUCAUAUAUCCCAAUGAUUACAGCCGCCUGAGCCACAUGGAGACAGAAAAUAAGUGCUUUUACCAGGAAAAUGCCUAUUACCUAGACAGAUUUGGAUUCUCCAAGUAUAUGAAAAUUGACAGACCAGAGGGGGUAAAUCUAGAGUAUGAGGAAAUGACAGAACAGGCAGACUUUGAGGGAGAAAAUUCGGAUGACAUCCAGUAUGCAGAUCCAGAAGGAGAAGACUCAUUUCCCCAACUGAAUUCUACAAAACUCAACGCUGAUAAAGAUCCCACUCCUGCAGCAGAGUAUGCCAAUCCUUAUGAUUAUUCUCCACAAAAGCAUCGGAAUCUCUUGUCAGUUACUGGUGUCAAUGUUGGCCAGAAAACAGAAAGCAAAGAAGCUAAAAGUCUGAGAAUUGCUUCAGUCAGUCAGAGGAACAAUAAAAACAAUCUGGAACAAAAUUCACUGAAGAGGAAGACACGUUUGAAAGGUAGAGUAAUAGAAAAUUCCAGAAACUCUCCUCAGGACAGGAGUAUCCAUGAUUUAGCAGUGAGCAAAAGGAUUGUGGAAGAUGAGGAGCUGCAGUCUCACAAAAGGCCCAAAAUGGCUGGGGAGCAAAAUCCUAUCAGGCCCAGGGACACAACCAGAAAGAUGCCUAGAGAAGCCAAUCCUGUUCAAUUAAGUCUAAAUGAUAACAUUAACAAGGACUUGUCAGUGGAUACCUCAAAAACAAGGACACAAUUUCAGGUGUCUGUCAAAGGUGUUGUAGAGGCAGCUCUUCUGGAACACCCAGAUCAUGAGGACCAGUGGCUUAAUCAAGUGGAUUCAUAUAUAGCCCAGCAUAAGGCAGCAGAUGCCGCCAAUGUCGUCUUAGGAAGGAUAGAGCUGGAUUCCCAGAAACCUAUUGGGGUUGAUUCUGUUCAGCCAGCAGUUCAAGAGGAGGAGGAGGAAGAGGAGCUGGUGGUAGAGGACAAGGAAGGAGAAGUUGAUGCAGAAGAAGAAGGAUUUGACUACAUUCCUGUAUUUGACCAACCAGUGAACUGGGAACAGACUUUCAGGGCAAACAAUCUGGACUUCCAAGUGCUGAGGACAGACUGGAUUGAUCUGAAGUGCAACACUUCGGGGAACCUGCUGCUGAAGGAGAAGGAAGCCCUAGAGAUCACUCGUGUAUUUCUGAAGAAACUCAACCAGAGACAUAAAGGGAAAUUCCAAUUGCGGCGCAUCGUGAAUGUAGAGAAACGUCAGGACCACCUGCGGGGCAGCCGCUACCUCCUGGAGCUGGAGUUGGUGGAGCGGGGUGGGCGCCUUGUCCGUUUUUCAGAAUAUAUCUUUGCGCGGGAAUGGCAAGGGAUCAGCAGUGUGGAGGAGGAGAGAAUUAUGAAGAACUUGGCAUGGGGACGCCGGCGCCAUCUGAUGGUCAUCCCAGAAGAACCAAUUCUUUGCUGGCCAUUGGGCUUUUCCUGGAACCACCGUGCCAUGGUCCAUUUCAUUGUGCCAGUAAAAAACCAGGCCCGCUGGGUAGUGCAGUUCAUUUCAGACAUGGAAGAGCUGUUCAGGGUGACAAAGGACCCACACUUCAAUGUCAUCAUCACAGACUAUGAGAGUGAUGAUAUGGAUGUCGAAAAGGCCCUGAAAAAGUCCACCUUGCGCAGGUACCAGUACUUGCGACUAACAGGGAAUUUUGAGCGUUCUGCAGGCCUGCAAGCAGGAAUAGACCUAGUGAAGGAUUCACAUAGCAUCAUUUUCCUGUGUGACCUCCACAUCCAUUUCCCAGCAGGGAUCAUCGACUCAAUUCGGAAACACUGCGUGGAAGGGAAAAUGGCCUUUGCACCCAUGGUUAUGAGGCUGCAGUGCGGUGCAUCCCCCCAAUGGCCUGAUGGCUACUGGGAGGUGAAUGGCUUUGGCCUUCUAGGGAUAUACAAGUCUGAUCUGGUUCGUAUUGGAGGCAUGAACACCAAAGAGUUCCGGGAACGAUGGGGAGGAGAGGACUGGGAACUCCUAGACAGAAUCUUUCAGUCCGGCCUGGAGGUGGAGCGACUUUCCCUCAGGAACUUUUUCCAUCACUUUCACUCCAAGCGGGGCAUGUGGAACCGGCGCCAGAUGAAGAAGUGACAACAUCUGCACUCCUGAGCAGCAGCCUGCACUUUAUCUAGGCAUAUCACCCAAGUGUACAUUCUCCUUCCCCCCAGUGGAAAUCGCCUCACCAGUUCAGCUGUUUAUACAUGGAUGUGUCAUGAUAAAAGAAGACAAAGCAAUGGAACGGGGAGCUCUUCUCUAAGGAGGGGUGGGGGGGAUCACAAGAAUUGAGCCUGUAUGUAGCACGUACAGACAGCCCAGAGAGUAGCUUUGGAAAGCAAGCAAUGCCUUUUCUCAUCAGCAGUUCCCAAAAAGAAAAGGGCAUACCACACAGACCAUUUUCCCCCACCUGAAGAAUCCUUCAGUGACCUUUUUCAGGUUUUACUUCUUUAAAGCAAAAAUUCAAAAGCAGCAGUGCAAAAGUAAUGAUUUCUAGUGAUUUAGGAGAAUUCCUCCAAACCAUAAUGUUCUUGGUCUUGGAUCAGUGACACAGGGGGUCCUGGAGGGCCUCAGAUAAUCGCAGGGUGGAUCUUCUAUGACCAGAAGCACUUCAGCCAUCCAGUUGGUGGAUUCAGAGGAACUGGAGCACCUUUCAUCAUGUGCUGUAAGAGGAAGGUACCCGUUAUAUCUGGUACAAGUUCUUUCUGUAAUGAUGCAGCUUCUCCUUUUCUUGAUAUACUUGAACAGAAACAUUCUGAAAUUCAUCAUGCCUUUGGACCAAAUUCUCUGAUGCAGCUUGCGUCAGCAUCCUCAUGCACUAGCCCGGCUGGGACACUUUGAGGAGCUGAUAGGUCCCUCUCCUCAGUCCAAGCAAGUGAUGCUUUACUCAGGUGUAGCAAAAAACAAAACACAAAACCCUUGGGCCUUAAGUGGAAUCAAAGGUGCCUUUGGACUACCUGCCUGUAUCUUUCUUGGGUGAAUCAGCAACCCGUUUGAGUGGACUCAAGUCAAGCAGGGUCAAAACCUCACAAGGGUCAUACCUGAUUAUAGGAAAAGAACUCUGCUGAUCCUGACAAUCAUAUGAAAUAUGAUUUAGGGAACAUAGAAAAAACAGAAAUAUUUUAUUUAUUUCCUAUGUUAAAACACUUUGUGAA